GUUCACCAUGAUGGAGUGCUCCAGUCUGAACCGCCGUCACUGUAAAGAAACCUUCAACCUUUAUUACUUCCAGUCGGACAGCGACGAGGCCACGCCCACCCACCCGGCGUGGAUGGAGAACCCGUACACCAAGGCCGCCACUGUGGCGGCCGACCACCUGCUGCGGCCCGGCGGCGAGCGCCGCUACAACGUCAAGCUGCUGCGCCUGGAGCCCCUGAGGGGGGCGGGGCUUUACCUGGCCUUCCAGAGCCAGGGCGCCUGUAUGGCGCUUCUCUCCGUACGUGUCUUCUACAGGAAGUGCCCGCCCCUCCGUCGCGCCUUCGCCUCCUUCCCCGAAACCGUUCCCCACUCACUGGUGGAGCAGGCUCAGGGUGUGUGUGUGGAGAACGCCGUGACUCCGCCCGGCGAGCAGUCGCGACCUCCCAGCAUGCUUUGUGGCGAGGACGGGCAGUGGGUGGGGCAUCCGACGUCCAGCUGCGCCUGUCGCCCCGGAUACGAGGCGGGCGACAGCGACGUGCGCUGCCGAGGUGAGUCCACAAAAUAAAAGCACGGUUUAA